CCACCGUUAACUUCGCACGAACCCUCACCCAACAUCCACAAGCCUCCUGUCGCUCCUGACAGGGCAAUCCUUUCGACGACCUCUUCAUGCGCAUGCCUUUGACCCUCUAACGCCUUUUUUUGAACCGCUUUGGACCGCGAGAGCCGAAUGUUGAUCCGCUUCUGUGCUACGAGUUGUUGAUCCAUUCGGUCCCAAAGGCCUUCACCAUCGCACGCAGCGGGAUUGACAGGAGUGUGUCAUAAGCUAUUGAUCUGUUCUUCUGGGGCCAUUGCCUCGAAGAUGAAUGUCUAGGUAUCAGCCCUCCUACGGUGACUCGGGUGAGUCCCGUCGCUCCCCGCGAGACCAAUCACCAGGAAGAUACAACGAUAGGGACGAGUUCAGAGGUGGUUCAGGACGUGGUAUCGAGCGACGACGAUCAUCGAUCCCAGACGCGCGGGCCAACAACCACAAUGCGUUUGCGUCAAACCGAGAAGCAUUUCGAGAGCCAAUCGGUCGCGAGUCCUCUCGAGAUUUUCCUCCACGCGAACCCCCAAGAGGUCCAAAGGGUUUGAUUGAUGCUCCGACCGGCCCCCGAGCCUCCAACUAUGGUUCUGAUUACCGAGGAGACUUUGGUCCAUACAGAGGGGAAUACAGAGGCGACCGGAGCCGUGGCAGAGGCCGAGGUUGGCGUGAUGAUAGUCGAGACAGAGGCCGCGAACCUGAGAGAGAUUAUCGAGAUAGACGAGAUGACAGGGGCCCACCGCAGUUCCGUGACGAUAGAGGACGAGAUCGAAUAUGGGGACGAGAAAGCUACAGAGGUCGAAGACAAUCACCGCCUCCGGGGCGAGGCCGUUCACCGAAUUACUCCACCCGUGAUAUUCGAGAUCCACCGCCAAGCAUCGACUUAGAUCGCACUCGUCGAGGCUCACGGGAUGGGCCCUUGUCAGGUGGCUCACCAUCAUCUGAAAAUCAAUCUUUCACGCGAGGCUAUGGCAGAGCUCGAGGCGGUGGCCGAAGUGGGCGUGGUCGAGGUUAUUACGAUGAAUAUCAUAGACAUCCUGGUCGAAGUCGGUCUCCUGAUCAAAGUUGGGGUCGUCGAACUCAACCAUCAGCAACACCACCUCCGCAGGUUCCUGCUUUCGGCUCUUCCAAUGUUCCUAUCGCUUCCGCAGCAAGUCCUGCCGCAGUCGCGUCCGACAAUACAUCAGGUCCUGUUCCGGGUGUGGCUGUUCCGACCGCUCCUCGCGCCCAACUCCCCAAAGGAGAGUACCACCGAUCGGGAACAAAGUUCACAUCGGCCAAAUGGGUCAACCCAAAUCUCAAGGCCAGCAGUCAACGACCCGAUCCGAUGAAGAUUGAACCUCCAAGUUUUCCGUCGCCUACGACCGCUAUUUCUCCACAAUCCGUCCCCGCUCAGUCCCCCGGAACCCGUGGGGAUAUAGAUGAAGUCAAGACAGACCGUAAAGACAGCCGCCAAUAUUCUCGGUCGAAGACACCGGAUCCACCUGUCCCUACAAGUGUUAACGACCGACCUCCACAGGAACCCACCCGCAAGCGGAAGUCAGUCACCGGAAAGCGUCUUGAAAAGCCUCGCAAAUCACCAGUUUUUGAUGGCAUCCCCGAUGACCUAUCAGAUUCCGAUUCUGGCGAUGAUUUCGAGGAUGGCUACUUUGAGCAGGAAAUUUCAAAACUGCAGGAAAAGGUUGACCAAAUCAGAGAGGACAAUCCAAUCAAGCCACGGGAAGAACCUGAGGCAGUGUUCGUCAAACCAAUCAUCGAGUCGAUGGUUGACGAUUCUCCGGAAGAGCCUGCCGCUCCCGAACCUUGCAUCGCUCCGGAGGUUGAAGAGCAGCCUGACCCUGAAUCAUCUUCUACGCCCACUUCCUUAGCUCCAAAUGCCGAAAGUAAAGGCAAGAGUCAUUCCAACACGCCGCUGGAAGAGAUUGAUGCAGAACCAUUGACGAAUGGCACCACUAAAGAGAUUGUUCUUGUUACAGAAGCUUUGGCAGCUGCUCAACGCAACGAGGCGAGCAUGGAUGAACAGAAUGGUGUUCCUUCUCAAGCUGAACCUAACAGUGGUGAAUUCACAUCGAUGCAAACAAAAACAACCAAAACUACCGCUACUAGUACACCACGAAAGCCAAUGAUGUCCGAUGAAUUUGCAGCUGAGAGCGACGAUGAAACCAGUAAAUCUGCAACUAACAUGAAACCCCGGAUGCCGAUGAUGGCGGACGAAUUAGAACCUGCAACGAAAGGCAGACCUCGGAAGCCACUGAUGUCGGACGAGUUUGCAGCAACAAGCGACGAUGAAUCGAAUCAGCCCGCUUCCAUCGUUAGGCCACGCAAGCCAAUGAUGUCCAACGAGUUCGCAGUAGCCAAUGACGACGAACCGAAUCACCCUCCUCUCAGUGGCAGAGCACGGAAGCUAAUGAUGUCGGAUGAGUUCGCAGCAGCGAGCGAACGUGAUCUGAGCGAAGCAGAGAACGUUGAAGCACUUGAGUCCGUCAGGAAGCAAAUGAGAACUCCUUCACCCUCCAGUCUGCGAAGGUUCAACUGCAAGAAGUGGGACGAAGAUGAAGAAUUUCUUCAGACACUAAAGGCAGACCCCGAGGUCGAAGCACGGGUGAAGAAGGAUAUUCAAGACACUAAAGAGCGUCGUGCGAGGGAACAGGAACUCGCCCGCCAGGAUUGGAAGCAGCGGUAUCUUGAAUAUCGGCAAUGGACCGACUUUUCUGACGACCCUGCUGCAAAAGCCAGCAGGGAAAAGUUUGAGAAGUCACGAGCUAGGGCCGCUGCGGAAGCUGCAGCUCCUCGUCCCUCAGCCAUGCCGUCUGCCGGAGCGAAACCAGAACCCCAGCGCAGAACGGGCAGCAGAUUCGCAACUGAGCAUGACAUUGAGAGAGUUCUUCGAGAGUCCGAGCAAGAAGCAAAGGAGACCAAGGAGCGAGAAGAGCGUGUUGCCAGGGCUAGAACUGCCAGUGCAAAGGAAGCCAAAAUACCUGACAUGGCUUGGGAUGAAGAAGAAUGGGAGGCGAACGAAUAUAUUGACAAGACUCACCUUGUAUCAUUCGAGAGAUCAUUCGCGGUUCUGGAAUACGGAGAACCUAUCGACAACUUUACGGAAGAAGAAGCUCGGAUCUUCGAGGAAUCCUAUCUUGAGUCCCCCAAGCAAUUCAGCAAGAUUGCCGAGGCUCUUCCGGGUCGUGAUUACAAGGCCUGCAUCCAACACUAUUACCUUGUCAAACACCCAUCGAGUCUGAAGGAGAAGUUGAAGAAGCAACCCAAGAGGAGGAGAGGACGCAAGGCAGGCGGACCUAAACCAAAGUCAAAUGCGUUAAUGGCUGAUCUCGGAGUUGGCCGUGAGGAGGCUGAGGAUGGCCAAGACGGGGAGAAUGGAGAGCGACGUCGCCCGCGAAGAGCUGCAGCGCCCGUUUGGCCAUUUGAAACCCCUGCAAGCGAAAGCGAGGUCGCCAGUCCAGCACCGACUCCAGGAAGAAAGACUGCUGCAGCACCGAAAGGGGAUGCAAACGGUGAUGCUGCACCUAUCAAGAGGAAGACAAAAGUGCCUCGCGAGAAGGGCACGAAGCAAUCCAAAAACAACCAACUCCUUGCUGCGGCUCCGGUCAACCCUGCAAACCGUCAUGCCGAGUCACCAACACCACCUUCUGUAGCAGAUUGGAAGAAUCGUCGUGAAUCGGGAGGCCCAUCUCGCCUCCCACCACAAUAUGAUGGCGCUGGAUCAAGUCAAGCAAGUUUCGCUCCUCCUUAUGUCCCAGCAGAAAGACCCAACCCUUCUCAGACGGUCAAUUUCGACUCCGUGCAACAACCAUUUCCCUCUCAAGAACGCCUUGGCUCUGCUCCACCGACGAAUUUUGAUUCGCCACAAGACCGACGGAACAUCCAACAAACAUCAAGCUAUUGGAGUGUUCCUGAGCAAACAGAUUUCCCGGCGCUGUUGCGACACUUUGGCACCGAUUGGCAUGGAAUUGCAAAGUGGAUGACUUCAAAGACACACAUAAUGGUCAAGAAUUAUUAUCAACGCCAAGUAGAUUCGGGGAAGAUGAAGGAAUGGGAGGACAUUGCAAGAGAUGCGGAUGACAAGAAAUCGCGGGGCGAAGAAACAGGUCCGCUUCCACAGCCUACAUCCCUUCCAAAGAGACGUUAUGAUAUGCCUACCGGCACUGCCCAGAGAUCCGGAUCUGCGAUGGAAGGGGUUGAGGAUAUGGCCUCUACUGGUCAGAACUCAUUGACACAUACCUCGCCUCCACAACCUACGCUGAGCACACGCUUCCCUGCUUUGGCUCAAGCUGGCCCUGUUGCCCAGAUUCAGCCCCCUACUGCAGCCUCAGUGCUGAAUAAGCAUCUUCCGCCUCAGCCGAUCCAGCAGGCUCCACAACCAGUGCAGCAGCAGCAGCAGCAGCAGCAAUCGAGGGCUUCGCGCGGGCCGCCCAUGGGUUUCUUCACCACCGACACACCACCGCGACCUAUCAUCCAAGCCGAUGCAGUGUCACAGCGUUCACUUAUGGUUGCCCAAGAGGCCCACCUUGAACGACAAUCAGCAUUGCGUCUUGAGCGAGAACAGAGGGAGCAGCAACAGCAACAGCAACAGCAAGCUAUGCAACGCGAACGCCAUUUCCAAAUGAAGCAGGAGCCUGAGGUGGUUGCAAGUGUACACCAGUACGAACCGUAUGCUCCCUCUUCAAUUCAUAGCAACAGCGUCCCGCAUUCGAGGCCGGAUCCACCAAAGCCAACUCCUCCUGCUGCCACUGAAGUGCGCCGUACAGCUCUGCCUCAGCAGUUCCCACCUCGACCUCCGCAGCCUGGACGUACUUUCUUGGGUGACAACGCUAGUGGUCCGCGUGAGAUGAAGUCCAGUCCUUCUCCAGCAUUGCCGCGCCCGCCAAUGAGUGCACCACCCACGGGCCAGGAAGCUUACUCUGCACCGCCUCCACAACCAGCUCCUGUCGUAGCUAUAAGACAAGAGACUGUCCGGAAGACAUCAAGCAUCAUGUCAUUAUUGAACAACGACGAACCCAGCGACCCACGUCCCACACCACCCAAACGUCCGAGCGAUGUUUCCGUCUCUUCUUUGCACGCUUCACAGGCAUCCCAUACUCCGCCCCCACAGCAUCCGUUGCAGCCAUCUCGCUACUCUGGUGGUUCUUCGCAGCCGCCGUCACAAACCUCGCAACCAAUCCCCCAACAGAUGGGAGCGCAGCCAGUCCCACAGCAGCAGCAACUUCCCCCGGCUCAGCACUCCUAUUCUCAGCCGGCCCCUCACUCUUUGCAUCAACACACCUCGUCUAUGGGGCACUCUCGAAGUUAUACCCCAACUGGCUUCGACAACCGUAGUGGAUACCCUCCACCUGCAAUGCAGCAACAGCAGCAACAGCAAAUGUAUUCGCAGCCACCGCGUCAAUCGAUGAGUUCCCAGCCCCCGCCUAUUCGACGUGAGCAGGUUCACAGCGAAGUUCAUGGAAUAUCUGGUGGAUAUGCGCGUGCAGCUCCUUCACAGCCGAGACUGAAGGAUUCCCCUUAUUCCGCAACUCCUUCCACAUCUCAGCCCCCAACCAUCCGCCAGCCAGCGGGAUCACCACUUGACUUGGCUCAACCUUCUGAGCGUGAUUAUUAUUCACGUCCACCGCAAUACCUGAUGCAACAACAGCAACACAGUGCUGCGGGUUCGCCCCAACUUGGACCUACCUACCACCCUCAAUCUCAGCAGCAACCACUUCCUAACCAUCGGCAUCUCGUAUUUGGACAGAGCCAGGGCCAUACUGCGUCUCCGCCGACCCAGUACGCCACUCAACGUCCUCUGCAUCGGUCUCGAGGCAACAGCUUUGACGGACGGUAUCAAACGACCUCGGCACCCACUCCGGUUCAGCAAAGCUAUGCACAAGCCACUCAUCAUCCUGGCACAUCCAUGCAAUACCAGCAACAACAGCACCCGAGUCAGGAUCGAUAUGCACCCGCUCAAGAUGCAGAGGCGCGGAUGCAAGAAGAGGUCUAUCAUCAGAGGCAAAGACAAAGAGAGAUUGACGAGCAACGACGCAUUGACGAGCAACGACGAAUGGAGGAGCAGCGGCGAAUGGAGGAACAUCGAAGAAUGGAGGAGCAGCAGCAGCGGCUUGAUGAACAGAGACGCUUAGAUGGUGCUCGACGCUACUAAAGCUCCCCCUUCGCGACUUCUGUAUGCAUUGACGGCGUUUUGAAGCAGAGGAGCGUAGGAUCAUAACGAAUCAAUGGAUAUCUUGUCUGGGUUCUCGAUUUUGUAGAGUAGAUAACGUUGAAAUGGCGGGUUAUAAUGGUAUUGGUGGCGGGGCAGCAGCUUCCUGUACACAUGUAAAAAUGGCUGGCGCAGAUAUGGCGAUCAACGAAGCACGAGGAAUACCAUGAUACCCUGUAUGAGAUGAAAUCAACAUCAAAAAUCCCCCAAAGUCACUGCAUGUUAUUGAUUAUGCGAAUUCUGUGGACACUCCGUUUUUGCGUCUGUUAUUGCUAUUGCCAAAUGAUAUUGAAUCCUCU